CUGGCUAUCAGAGCGGUUCGAGGGAACAAACUGUUGCCCACUGACUUGCGCGCGCUCUUCCCCUCCCUGCAGGACCCUGUUGGUGGGAGAGAAGGACAGACCCAGGGAACUGGAAAGUGGACCUGAAAAUUCUUCGCCAAGGCACCGGGAACUUCCUCGGCCUCCUCCUCUCGAACAGCGGCGCAGGGCGCGGCGUGGGUGGAUCCCAGCGCUGAGUUUGAGGCUUUUCUGUGGAAGUUUUGUGCAAGAGCGAGGUCUCUUCUUCCCCCCCCCCCACACCCCCUCCCCGACCAUCCCCCAGAUGAAAUGGGGCUCCUCUCGGAAAACAAGACCUCGGUGCUCAUCCAGAACUGUACGGCUUGCAGUCACCCGGUGAAUCCCACCCGAGCCGUGGUGUUGGGCAUUGUGCUGGGGUCUUUCAUUCUCUUCGCUAUCCUGGGGAACAUCUUGGUCGUCCUCUCCGUGGCCUGCCACAGAAACCUGCAGACGGUGACCAACUACUUCAUUAUCAACCUCGCCAUCGCCGACCUCCUCCUCAGCUGCUCCGUGCUGCCCUUUUCUGCCACCAUGGAGAUCCUUGGCUACUGGGCAUUUGGGCGCAUCUUCUGCAAUAUGUGGGCGGCCAUGGACGUUCUGUGCUCUACCGCGUCCAUCAUGAGUCUGUGCGUUAUUUCAAUCGACAGAAAUAUCGGAGUAAGCUACCCGUUGAGACACCCAAGCAUCAUGACGGAGAAGAGGGCUUUGUUAACUCUGGUAGCGGUUUGGAUGCUGGCUCUAGUUAUAUCAGUUGGCCCGUUGUUUGGUUGGAAGGAACCUCCUCCAGAAGACGAGACUAUCUGCAAAAUCACCGAGGAACCGGGCUACGUCUUGUUCUCCGCCUUUGGGUCUUUCUACGCUCCCCUGAUCAUCAUCCUUGUUAUGUACUGCAGGGUGUACAUUGUGGCCAAACGAGAAACCAAGAGUCUGUAUGCUGGGACCAAGCGAGAGAGACUGCGGGCGGACCAGGUAACCUUGCGCAUCCACCGCAGAGACAACCAGGCGGAGAAUUCCCCCCGACUGUCCGACCACGGCUCCAAAAGCAAAAGCACUCAACUUAAGACGCACUUUUCGAUCUUACUUUUCAAGUUCUCCAGAGAGAAGAAAGCCGCCAAGACCCUGGGAAUAGUAGUGGGAGGCUUCAUACUCUGCUGGCUCCCGUUCUUUGUGGUUCUACCUGUAGGUUCCUUUUUCCCAGCAUACAAACCGCCAGAGAUUAUCUUCAAAAUAACAUUUUGGCUCGGCUAUUUCAACAGCUGCAUAAACCCAAUUAUAUAUCCUUCUUCAAAUCGAGAAUUUAAAAAGGCAUUCCAGAAUAUUCUGAAAGGCCAGUGUGGGCACAGAACACGUUCGUCCUUGGUUGACAUGUCGGUGAGCAACCACGGCAAGGAAGGGGACAAGGAUAUGAGACGUUUUUCCCUGGGAUCCCAGGAAACUUUCUACAAGGUCUCAAAGUCGGACAGGGUGCAUGAAUGGAAGUAUUUUUUGGAUCAUGGAUCAAGCUGUAAAUGCAAUCCAAACUGUCGCCAUCUGGAUGGAGAAGGUGGCUCGAAUAUAUGUUCCUGUUGCACUGUCUCCAACCACAGCACAGCGAGUAUGAAACUGCACACUGACUCCAUUGGCGAUGAUGGGGAUCCUGUUUAAAUGAGGAGCCCUCGAUGGAACAACUACCCACACUGAGCAUUGUUUCCACACACACUGAAAAUUGCAUCUCAAGACUUAUCCAAAUGUGCUUGUUGCCAUGUCGGAACAAAUGUGAUAAAUUUUGAAACAAUAUUAAAGAAUUGCCAAGUUAUGUGCAAUCCAUUCCCGACGAGGACAGGAUCUCCUGUCUGGUGUAUAACACCCUGGGAGAGACUUCACAACCUCAGACAAUUCUUCACUUGUACACAAAUCUACUUGAAGCAUGAACAAGCUCUGCUCGCUCAGUUGCAAUCUUGAACAAUUCGUCAAUUGCGUGCAGGUUUACUUGGAAUGUGGAUCCAUUAUACUUAAUUUAAGUGAUGCGUUUCUAACACCAGUUCUAAAUAUUAGCAUAUACAUAAAUUCAUUUCUUAAAAAAAAGCACUACAAAAAAUUCCCAGUUCUUAUCUCAACUAUGAAGUGAAAUCUUACUAUGUUCAAUGAAUGUGAAACCCCUCCUACCAGAGGAGGAGGUACUUAGAGAGAAAGGAUAUCUUUCCAUGUUACAUGGCCAACAUAAGCAUCCAAUUGCAAUGGAGGUUUUAUUGCCCAUAAUGCUCUGCGGCAAUAAACCUGCGCUAUACAUUCAACUUGACAGUUGUAAGAAUUGAAGCAAUAUCACAGUAUUUUGCUUGGAAAUAAAGUAAUCUUUAUUUUAUUCACCCCAGUUCACUGUUUUUACAAAAUCGGCCAGUUAGUUAUUUUUAGUUUUAAGUUUAUUCUAAAUGUGGUUUCCCAAUGGAAAUUUUACAGCUUGGGUUUAAGGAAAUGGAUGAUGCACAUUUCAGAUGUGCCUCAGAUUAGUUUCCUGCCUGGUUCAGGAUGCCAGUAGCUAGUAUAAGUUACUCAUUAGUAAUUUCAGCAAAUCUCUCGUUAAGAGGAGAGUUUUUUUGCCAUUCCUCCCCUCUCUAUCAAUAUACAGGCUGACAAGAGUCCGUGGAAACAAAAACAGUAUUAUACAACCUAGUCCCAGUCAUAGGCUAAUUUGUAAAUGAUACCUGUUAAGAACAUAUGAAAUUAGAGAGUAAGAUUAGUGAAAGCAGGUGAUGAAUGGUCAGUGUGGACUCUAAGAGCCAAAUGAACUGCACAUCUUGAUGACCCUAUGAUCCUGACAGGCCAUAACAGGCAGCAAAUUGCAGGCUGACUCCCAACUUCUGUUGAAGUUGGCUGCCAAUUUUACACUCAGUUGAGCUUCUCUUACACUCAAGUUAUUUGAAAAACUAUUAACGUUGAUGUAAAUCAUUGGAAAGAAUUUUCAUUUAAACAUCGGUAUUUUUGUAGCACUUAAUUAAUUUAAAAGUAAAAUAAAGAAAUAAGUAAUUUAUUC